CGGAGCGGAGCAGGGAUGGGAGCAUUGCCUACGGAGCAGGCAAACCCGUCCACGGGCAAGCAGCAGGUGACGCACACUGGACUGGGCUGGACCAGACCACCAUGGAAAUCUUCUCCACGACAUUGGAUCCCCAUUCCGGCAUCGUUCCAUCCCCUCUCCCUCGCCGCCGCCGCCGCCGCCUUCCGGCGCGCCAACAUCGCUGCCAUGCUCCGCCUCCGGGGCUGCAUCCUCCCCCGCCUCCUCCCACCUCCCUCCACCUCCCUCCACCGCCUCCUCUCCGCGGCCGCGCCUGCCGUUUCUCCGAGCCCUAGCUUCGCCGUGGAGGAGUACCUCGUCGCCACCUGCGGCCUCACCCCAGCGCAGGCCCGCAAGGCCUCCCCCAAGAUCUCCCACCUCAAGUCCCCAGCCAACCCCGACGCCGUCCUCGCCUUCCUCGCCGGCCUCGGCCUCUCCGGCGCCGACGUCGCCACUGUCAUCCGCAAGGACCCCAAGUUGCUCUGUGCGGGCGUGGAGAGAACCCUGGCCCCCAACGUCGCGGGGCUCAUCAGCCUCGGCCUCUCGCGUUCUGACAUCGCGCGCCUCGCAUCGCUCAUCGGCGUCACUUUCCGCUGCAGAUCCAUCAUCGCCGGGCUGCACUACUGCUUGCCCCUCUUCGGGUCCUACGAGAACCUCCUUCGAGCCCUCAAGAGUGGCUCCGUUCUCUCCUCCGACCUCGAGCGGGUGGUCGAGCCCAAUGUCACCUUCCUGCGGGAGUGCGGGCUAGGUGCUUGCGAUAUUGCCAAGCUCUACGCACAUACGCCAUCCCUGCUCGGCAUCAGCACCCAACGCAUCCGGACAGCAGUGGCGUGCGUCGAAGGUUUUGGUGUAGACCGUGAAUCUCGGAUGUUCAGACAUGCGCUGCAAGUCGUUGCAUUCCUCAGUGAGGAGAAAAUCACCACCAAGGUAGAGCACUUGAAGAAAAUGUUCAGGUGGUCGGAUUCCGAGGUGGGCAUUGCUUUUUCUUACGCUCCAACGUUGCUAAUGAGGAGUAAGGAAUCGCUGCAGCUCAGGUCCGAGUUCUUCAUCUCCGAGGCGGGGUUUGAACCGGCAUACAUUGCUCAUCGUCCGCCAAUGCUCACGUACAGCUUGGAGGGCCGCGUCAGACCCCGGUACUACGUUGUAAAGUUUCUCAAGGAAAAUGGAUUGCUAAAUCACGACCGGGACUGCUAUAGAGCACUCACUAUCAGUGAGAAAUUUUUUGUGGAGAAGUUCAUAUGCCCUCACCUGGAAGCUGCACCACACCUUGCUGAAGACUAUGCAACUGCUUGUAGAGAGGAAGUGCCCGCCAGGUUCAUAUUUGCAUGAACCAACAAUUCUGACUUCUAUGUAGAAUCCAGAUCACUAUGUAAUUCUAACUUCUACAUGUAGAUUGCAUAAUCUUAAUUGCUAUGUAAUUCUGAAGCCAAUUAUAAUUCGGUAAUUUUUUAAUAUGGAGUAGAUUUAUGUGGCUUUCUAAAA